CUCACUUCUCAGUGCUCAGUGUUGUUCCCCCCCAGCGCCAUCUCCUCGCCCUUCCCAUUCUGCCAUCUUCACCACCCACCCCGUCAACGAUCCCUCACUCGUCUGCUUUGCUGCAUCCAUCCCUUCCAAAGUACCCUCCCUGUGGAGACAUUUUGCGCGUAUCCGGGUCUCCCGGUGGAGUCCACAGAUCUCGGUUCGACAAGUCUUUGAUCUCACCAUCCUUGCAAAACGGGGGGAGCCCAGCCUGACAGGGACUCAACGUGUGAACCGUCGCCCCGUUCGCCAGCUCUGGAACCUCCAUAGACUCGGACAACCCACACUUUGGCCAAGGUCGUCGAGUUGACGUCACAGCAACUGGCCCAGCCCCUCCCCCCUUUCCAACCCGCUUCUGCUUCUGCCUUGCAGAUCUUGCAGUGACUGCUGCCAGCCUGGCGCAAGCGCAACAACCAGCAAGACUUCCAACAGUGACAGCACGCAACUCGACAGCACACAGUCCCGUCAAGUCUCCCUUCUCUCUCUCUCUCACACAGACAAGCUUGACACCGCCCACCCCCCUCCCCCUUCAGAAUCAGGCGAUCAAUCCUCAGCAGCACUACCAUCCAAUGAUGACGGCGAUCCCUCCCUCUCGGCCGACUCCACUCCAAACUCUCCGCGACGAGCCCGAAGGCCCUGUCUCGAAGCAGCAGCAGCAGCAGCAGCAGCAGCAGCCUGUACAGCAAUCCAUGCAGAACUCCGUACCUGCGCGUCCGGAACCCUCGUCGCAUUCCAUGCAGCGUACCGAGCCACAGUCUUCGGCCGUAGCCGGCGGCGAUCCUGAUCUUACCUCUCGCCACGACGAAUAUGAGGUUGUUGAGGUCGACGACGAGGCGAACGAUGCCGGGCUGGAGCAGCAGGCACCGAGAGGCACCUUCUCAAGGCCGCCUCUGCCUCGUCUGAAUUCUCAGUCACGAGCACCUCCCUCGCCAGCGCCUCUUCCUGAAACCUCCCCUCGCCAACCUCCCCCUCCCCGAAGCACUAGCAGCAACACAAACCCCCCACAGCCGCAAAAGGGCGGGCCUGUUCACCUGCAGGGCUCGCGGGAGAUACCCAUCCCGAUGAGGACAUCGUCGACUCAACAUCAGAAUCAGAAUCAGAAUCAGAAUGCGCCCAGAGCGCCACCGCCGUCGGCAACCGAGACUGCAGACAAUGGCACGGACGAAGCGUCACCAGAUGCCCAACCCUCCUCGCAAGGCACCCCGGAGCCCCAGGGGAAGAACGCCCCGAUCCAGAUACCCAAGGUUACUCCUCUGUCCUCUGGCCUCACGUUACCGCCAAACCUUGCCGAGCUAGCGCAGGGCCUGGACGGUAAGUAUGUCGACGAGUUCGGAAACAUCCUGGACUGGAACGGUCAGGUACUUGGCCGCGUCGAGGGCGACCUGCCGUCCAUGAUCGGACGGCCCGUCGCGGUAACGGGCGAGAUCUUCAGCGAGGAGGGUGAGGUUGUUGGUUAUGUGGCGGAGAACGACACCAUUCCUCCCGCGCCUCCGUCACCCAAGCCCAUUGAAGGCAUGGGGGACGGACUCAAAGUGGAUCACAUGGGCAACAUUCUCGACAAGAACAACAACGUCGUCGGCCACUUUGACGGCGCGCCCCUGGCCAAGUCCCUCCAGCAGACGGGCCAGGCCGGGAACUCGGGGCAUUCUAGCAGUGCCCGUCCUGGGCAUGUUCCCGACACGAGGACGAGCUGUCCUCAGUGUACUGCUCACCAGGCCAAGCCGUCGUCGACAACUCCCAGUCCGUCCGAGAUCUUCAUGGACGUCAAGUCAACCAACGACGGGAUUCAGCUCAUCAUCAAAAUACCGACGGUUUUCCACGGUGGUGGGAACCCCAAUAUCCAUAUAGGAACCGGGUCAUGAUCUCAAACAAGUAUUUGUGCAAUUUUGGACGGAGAGGUUGGAUAUUUGGGGAGGGAGUUCUGGAACCGGUUCGAUAGAAACUAGCAUGCGGCGGCGUUCAGACGGUACUGAGACGGUUGUGAUAGGCUGGGAUGCGAAUCGUAGCUAAAAGUUCCCAUCAAC